UGGAGGUCGUUGGUUAUGUGCGUUGUCGAUGCGCGACGUUCCAUCACGUGCCGUGAAAAUGAUGACGAAUUUUCGUGUUCGUUAAGUAUUAACGUGCCUAUUCUAAGUUAAAUGCGAUUGUUCUGAGAGAUAUUAAAUAUAUUUUUGUGUUGACUUGUUUUAAUUUCUAGCUGUUGUGUUCUCAGAACUUAACGCCGCUUGUCACGCAUUCGUAGUUUUAGGCAGGGUGGUGGGGUUACCAUGAGCAAGAGAGGAAGAAGAUGACACGGAAAUGAAUAAAUUAUAGCUGUCAAUACUGCCAACAGGAGCUGUGAGUGCCUUGCCUAUCGCGGUACAACUGCCGUCCAAUUGUUAAUGUUAAAGCAACAAAAGCACCAGACACUACUGCCCUUCACAGCUACGGUUCCAGCACCUGCAGAGAUACGCGAAGAAGGCGUAAUCAAGCUCUCAUCACACGAUAAUGCUGCCGUCAGUGAAGCACAUUUUGUAGCUUAUUUCAAACUAUUUUCGAAUUAAUUCUAUUAACACUAUUGCAUCGAUAUUAUCGUUGCUGUUUUCAACAGAAACACAAACCUUUGGUUUAACAAUGAAGGAGCACCGCAUGAGAGCGCUUCGAGUUACCACAACAAAUAGUAUUACCAGGGAUGGAAGUGACAUGUUCAGUAGUUUGCAGCUCCUGCGGCUCGAACUGGAGUUGCGACCCACCUUGGGGCGACCUAUGGCCCCACUGAGAUGUAUUCAGCAAGACAUUCAUCAGCAGCGGGCAGUCUGCUGCAACAGACUUCCGCAUCACCAUUAUCACCAUCACCACCACCACCUCCAUCAAGAUCAGAGAGGUAGCAAUUCAGUAUUACAAGAAUGUUUGUCGUGUGAGAAUGUUCCAAUGAUUGAUGACCUUCUCAUCACAGCAAAUACCGACAUUUCAAGCAUGAAAUCUCAUCAGAAAUGUGAAUGUGACACUGAGUCACCUCUUCGCAUAGCAUGUGGGUUACCAACUUCUGGUUCGUUCCUCCACAAACUGUAUUCCUCUAAUGGUUGUGACGUCAGCAGAUAUUUUGCUAGCAGUCUGGCAUCCCUACAUCUCUUGCUUACAGGAGACUUGCAGGGUAACUGGUCAAGUGUGUUGGAAGCAGUGAAACUAUUAGCAACUAUACGGAGGGAGAGGCGGACAGGGGCAGGUCAAGAAUGGCACUUUUUGCUCUCCAUGAGAGACUCUGAAGGAAACACUCCACUUUUAAUAGCAGGGCGUCGUUUGCUGAGGGAAGAGGCAUUUGGUCAAGCAGCCCAACUUAGUCAACUCCUCCUUGAAGCUGGCAGUGACCCGAAUGCAACCAAUAGUGAAGGUCGCAGUCUUCUCACAUACAGUGUUCAUUACAUGGAUGAAAGUAUAGAACUGACCAGAGUCCUUCUCAAUGGUGGGGCAUCAGUAUGGCCACAAGGAACUCAUGAGACAAUAAAUGAAAAUGUUUGUAAUGCAGAUCAUUAUUCGGCUUUCACAUGGUUUCUGCGUUCUGUCAUUAGGAGAAGGAAACUUGAUGAACAGUGUGUACAAACUCUUGCAUUACUGUCACAAGUCAUGGGAGAACAUCCUGGACGUAUGCAUGCACAUGUGAUGCGCACAAUGUUUCGGCAUGCAAAGUGUUACAAAGUACUGGGUCCUGUGUUCUACCAACUGAAGAUUUCAAUGAUGCGGUACUGGACCCAGCCACAGGACUUGGUUUUUAUGUGCCGAAAAGCCAUCAGAUCAGCUGUAGGACCAGAAAGAAUCAUGGCAGGAGAAACGAGCCAAUUGGGAUUGCCAAACAAGAUACAGCGAUACCUUCUGCUGGAGUAAUGUCAGACACACAGAUUUCAGAAGUAGCACAUGUAACCAAACUCAAAAUCCUUUAUCAGAAAACUAACAUGGUGCAGUUUAGCUCUUAAGAAUCCUGUGCAUCCACCAUAUUAGAACAGUUCAAAUCUCAGAGCUAUAAUCACUGAAUACAUUUAUUUCAUUUGCAAUCUUGUCUGACAUGGGUCCCUUUGGAAUUUCUUCCAAGGGAACGAGGACAACUACUUCUCAAAUGGGAGUAACCACAGAAUUCACUUACAAAGUUACAUUUAAGCUAUUUAAGAUUGCUGAUAUUAAGCUUUCAAAAAUAAUUUUAAUCCUUAUUAUUAAUAUUUGGAAUAUUUAUAUCUUUUCCUCAAUUUUUAUUUCUUUUCAAAGUCCAGCAAGGAUGAAGGUGCCUCACCCCAGCACCAAUGAUUGCCAAUGCAAAUAAGAUAAAUUAAACUGUCUUCUUAACAAAAUCUGAUCCUGUAGCACUGAAUGCUAUGCCUGUUACUCAACUUUCUCAUUCAAUGACAACUGAAAAAAUUUACCAUCAGGCAAUAAUUGUUACAAAUUAUUUCAUAUUAGGAGACAGAAAUCAGUGCUGAGAGUCCAAUUGCUCUGACUGCACAUAUCUCAGAUUCUUAAGUGUGUAUUACACCAUGCAUAAAAUGUGCCACAACAAAUAUAAAUUAUGAAUAAUUAUGAACUUCUUUUGCAUACAUACUUUAAAUGAAACUCACCAGUGAAAUAAUGAGCAAUAAGACAAACGCAGCAGUAGCCUGUAGUGAAUAUUACAGGAUAUAAUACAGUUGAAUUUGCAAAGAACAAAGCCAAAGAACAUAUCUGAAGAGGAUGGAGUGGAAUCUUGAAUGUCUGAUAAAAUUCUUCUCUCUCUCUCUCUCUCAAAAUCAGAUGAUCUAUGUGCAGUUUCAUUUAGCACAGAAUAUACAAGAAGCCUGUUUCAUACUCUCAAAGGCAGAAACUCACACUUGUCCUAUCACGAUAUUCAGGCAUAACCAGCAUUAUUUAUGUCUGCAAAUUGUAACUUAAAAUAUAUUCGCUUUAUCCUGGACUGCAUGGUAACUUCAGCUAUUAAUUAAAUAACAAACAUAAGGUGUCGUAUACUCCUCCUCCUCCUCCUAACUCUUCCCCCCACCCCCAUAAUUUGAUACUUAGUCCCUAUUCCAAGCCAAAGAUGCUCUUGAGCCCUCCAUUCUCAUCCUUGGCUUUCCAGUGUCUCUUCAUGCACAAGGCCUGUGAUGCUUAAUUUCUCUGGAUAUUGCAAAAUAUGGCAAUAUUUUCUGAACAUGUUCUUUCCAUUUUUGGUUGUACUUCCCAAUUUCAUAUACAGCAAGCUCUAUUCUCCAUCAUGUAUGAAGAAUUUGAUGUUUUAUUACACGAGCCUGCCAGUUACAUGAAAAACACAGAAACUCAAUUUUAGACACAAUAUUCCACAUUUUCGGUCUUCUACACAUUUAAAGUUUCUGUUUCAGGGUCAAACUAACACAUUUUGAAUCAAGUCUUUAUAUGGUAGACUUUUUACAUGACAAAGUGGAUUGAUGAGUGAAAGAUUUUGGAUACACUGUAGCACAAUCACAAAUUCAACUGGCUUUUUAAUCAUAACGGAUCACUGCAUGAAAGGGGACAAGAGCAGCACUCCUAGUGAUACUUGGAAGAACUAAUGCGUGAGGAAUGAAUAUAAGUGCAUUACAACUUUGUUUUUUAAGUAUCUUUAUAGAAAGAGUAAAUUUUCUUUGACAUGUUUGCUGGUUCCUUGAGAAUUCGAGAUGCUUAUGUUAUUUUCCUCAUUUUGAGUAUGAUAUUUUAUUAUUUUAAUCAUACUAAUGGAGAUAAAUAUCUCACUUGUGCCACCUGAAUUUACCUUGCCAUACUCAGAGCCCAUCUUUCACUACCACAAAAUAGUACCGCUUUACUAGCCACACUGUGAAACCUUAAAACUACCUAUUUUCUCAUUUGCUUCCUACAAUUUUUCCAUUUAUUUUGUCUUCAACAUUUGCAUUCCUGCAGUGAACACAAGAAAACCAUUCAAAACCACAAAAAUAUAGAUCACAGUUUUACUGCAGUUUUGAAACAUAACUAUAUAUAUAUAAAGAUUUUUCUUUGGUGUUCAGGUACUAAUGUUGCAAAUAUUCAGACUUUUGUGGAUGUUUCAUGGUAGCAUUGAGUUCAGCUGUGCUAAAGAAUCAUACACUCAUACCAUUUAUCAAACAAAAAUUUAUAUACUUAUACUUCAGUAGGAGGGAUAAUCAAGGUUAAAUUGUCAGUGCAUGUAGAAAAUAAUUCCAGCCUCAGAUCAGAAUAUUUGUCUGGAUGAAGAAUUUCAGAUAUUGCAUGAAAAUACAUCUGAUGAGCAGUGUAACAUUUCAUAUGUGCUGAUAACAAUUACUUUUAGUACUGUGAAGCAGUGCAUUGUCUUAGAAUGAGAAUCCUAUCUGUUUCACGUUGUACAGUACAAAUAAUUGUCUAUCAAUCUAGUAGUGAAUCAAAAUAUAUUUAUGUACAGUAUACAGCUUAACACUAUUGAAGCCCUGCCAUCAGACCAACUCUACAUUCGCAAUUAAAAUUUAUGCAUGAGGGCUUUUGAAAUAAGAUUUGAGACAUAUCUGUCUUCCAGAGACCUGGGAUUUGUAAUACAGCUUCAACUCCCUGUUUCUGUGGGUGCAUUGCUUGACCUACAAAGUGUUUUUUCCUCACUAUUUGGUCAGUCUCAACAUUAAACACCAAAAAGAAAGGGAAAAAAGAAGGCAGUGUUCUAUUCACUACUUUAUUUAGCUGGACCACUGACUGAGAGAAAUUGCUAUGGUGCAAACAAGCUGAAACAUGAAAUCAUUUUUAUGAUAGCAUCUUGUAACCAAGAAAUUAGAAGUUGCUGCUAUGAUAAGAGAUAAACAAUUGCGAUCAUAAGUGAACCUUGGUAAGUACUGUGCAUGUCCAUAUGUGGUAGAGCAGAACACAGAGUUGCAAACCAAAGAAUGGAGAUUAGCUAUGAAAUCUGUACAAUUUGUAUUUGCAAUUGAAAUUGUGUGAUACAAUAAAACUGGACUAUUGGGAUGUAAAUAAAAAUAUAAGCAUAGUAAAUCAGCAGUAAAGGAAGACAUGUCAGUAACAUGCAUGUCCCUUUACAUUAUACCAUAAAUUGUACAGAGGCCAUUACGUAGACAUUUUAUUUUCUAUACUUGAUUCGUGUUCACACUGCAGAGAACAAGGCAAAGAAAGUGCUUAUCUUAUACCAUGCAAAUAUGAUCAAACAAGUUAUUGCACCUUAUGUUGGACACAACAUGUGCUCUGUAUACUGAUUUCUUUUCCUUUGCACUUGACAAAUUAUUAAUUGGAUUAUAUGCUUAUACAUAAUUCUGCAGCCUUUUUUAUUUCUGGCAAGCACUUCUCAUGUCAAGUUUUAUUUCUUCCUUCUACUGUUUAUAAUAAUCUAAAUCAAGAUCCAGCUGCCACACAUAUAACUGGAAACUGCUUGCUAUAAUGCUUUUCAGAUAACAUGUACACUGCUUAUUACAUUGCAUAUCUACCAUAAUGUUCUGAUCUAGUACUGUAAAUUGUUCUGCUGAAUGAGAGUCAGAGAUGUAGAAUGUGCUCAUAUAGGAAUGAGGCAGGGAAGAGUAUUUCAGUGCACCAAGAUUAUCACUCUCGACUUUCAACAUCUAAAAUGAAUGUUAAUUUAAUUUAAAAAUGUGCCAAAGCAACAAACAGUCUGGCACAAAAAGGGCUGAACAUUCUGUUAGCACCAAGAUAUGGAACCAAAAUGGACAACUACUUACACAUUUAUAUACUCAACAUAUGUCUCAGACAUAAUUACAUACUAAAUAAUAUGUCACAUUUGUGUCCAGAAAUUUCUGUAUCUAGUUUUAUAUGUAAAAUUAUUGGACACUUAUAUAUCGCUAGAGGCUGUGACACCAAAAUAAUGUGAAAUGAAGAGGUAUGUGAAAAUUGUGUUCAGUUUUUCUUCAAACUCUCUAAGAAGUAAUGUAACAACAGUUCACAGUGUUUCAAGCCAGUGUUCGAAAUGGCAUAACAUUGGUGUAUGUGUAGAUUGGUAUUUGUGAGUUGAUGCAAUUACACAAACCCCCUCCUCCCUUUUAUUAGCCAUGAACCAUAUUAGUACAUUCUUGGGAAUAUUUAUUCACAAAUUUUCAAAUAUUUUGUACUCAUAUAUUUCUUCAUGGUCCAUUCUGUGUAAAUCACUACUUAUUUCAUAGUGUUUUCUUAAUGAAAAUUAGGACCUAUUGAAGCUGAUACUUUUCCUUAUAAAUUGUGCAGGGAUCAAGUCUUAUGUAAUAUAUUUUUGUGUAUUCUUCUUACAAAGUGAAUGUCAGUUGUAUGGAAAAUAAUUUAUUUUGAAGAUUCUGGGGGUAAUUAAAGUUGUUUUGAACACAAAAAAUAAAAUUAAGGCAAUACAAUAAAAACAUUCCUGCACAGCACAUAUGUCAUGAUCUUUUUCAUGGCUCAAGAGAUUAAUAAGUUUUGGCUUUUUUGCUUCUCAAUUUAUCAGGGUAAUAUAAAUGGAGUUAAAUGACAUCAAGUAAGAAGAAAAUGAUGAACAUUUCACUGCCUUUACCAACUUGUACAUUCCCCCAUAGGCCUAAGAUCACAACUUAUAUGUCUCAGUUUAUUUUGAGAAUGUUACCAUACCACUGCCAAUUAAAUUGUCAACAUAUUAUAGCUUAAUCCCAUGUAUAUACAUAUAUAUAAACUUCUACGUAUAUAAUUAUAUAUUGAAUGAACACAAUCAUUUUAUGCUGUGUUAGAUUGUGCUUUCCAUACAGUGUUCAAAGUGUGUCAGAAAAAGUCACAGUGGAAGGAGUUUACUUUCAAAACCUGAUAAUGAACCUUUCAUUACUGAUCUGUAGAAAGACUUAUAUAUGAGAAGUGUGAACUCUAUUACAUAUCACUUCUUGUUCUGAUUUGAAAUAUUUGUAUAAUAUACUGUAGUGUAUUUAGCCUAUACAGUAGCAUUAUUGUAAUCACAGAUUGAGAAAAGAUGAUUAGGCAUAUGGCACUAGUGAAAGGGUGGGCAAUUAUUUCUUACCUGGGGACCAGAAAUAUCUUUUUUGAAAAUACCAAAAAGCCUCACAAGAAACAUAGUUUAAAAACUGUUUGCAGUUACUGAAUACACAUUAUAUAUCAAAAUUCACAACACUCACUUUCUCAUACCCAUCUGUAGAUUCAAUAGGCUAGAGUUGUAGUAACUCAAAACUUCAGUUAAAAUCUCUAUUUGUUUGAUUUGUGUCUGAUUUAUUUUUGUGAUUGCAAUAGUUUCUGUACAUUAUGUACGAGAAAUUAAAAAUUAGUAAAAGAUAAUUUAUUCACCCUUGUAAUAUUGGGAUAUAUGGGUAAAAAUUAAAAAGAUUACAAUAUAACUAAAAUACAGCUAAACUAAAUAUGCCCACUAAAAUGCAUAUUGGCAGGAAUUAAGGUGCAACAUAAUUUUAUAUGUAGGAGUUUAAAUGAGGUUGUAAACAAAAUUUCAGGCAAGCCAACAUCAUAUGAAGGGCAUUUCCAUACAUUUCAAUAUUCAAUUUCGUGAUUUCAGCAGUUUCCAGAGGAUCCAGUAUUACAUUACUCAACAGGAGAAACUAUUCACUUCCAUUUAGGUGUAUCUUCAGACCACUGUGAACACUGUUACUAAAGAACAGCAGUGUAAUAAAAGCACUGCAGUAUUACAGAACAAGCUUGCACAUUAGUCUGUAUUAGUCAUAGGCCAAGUACUAAUAAUUUUACAUGUAAUGAACAUCAUUCUACAAAUAUUGCUGGAUUAAUUUAACUGUAAGUAAAUGGAACAUUAAAAAUAAGACUAAGGAAGUAGAAGACCGAUAACAAUAUUGUUUUAAAACUGCCCACCAUUAAAGUCUAAAAUGUUAGGAUGAAAUGUGAACAAACAACAGGUAAUGGUGGGCCAUACUUGGCAUGUCUUGCCCCUAAUAUUUUUCAACAAAUCCUGACAUUCUCAUUUGUCAUUCACAUAGAGCAGGGAGGUAGCCUUCCUGUAUUUUUUAGUUAGUUUCUGAAAGUUAUUUACUAUCGAUAUAUAGUUUCAUUGUGUUUCUGUCCUCUGAUUUCUUGGAAAACGAUGGGUUGAAAACCAUACUGCAGAUAUAAAAUGCCACACAAUGUGCAACAGCAGAUCAUUUAAAUACCCACACAAUAUACGAUUAAUAUUGUAUUUAGUCUACACAUUAAAAUUAAAAGCGAAUGAUAUUUAAUAAUAUUUAGAGAAAUUCUCCUACCAACAAUGUGCAUGGGGUUGCUUCAUUUUCUGUUAAUCCAGUCCUAUGAUGUGCUUCUUUCAUAUUACCAAUACAAAGCAUUGCAGUAUAUAAAAAGUAAAAUAUUUGGUGUCCAUAAAACUCUUGGACCAAAAGUCAUACUUUAAACCAUGAAUUUAUGUUGAAGACUGUAUGAAAUAUCUGUAUAAUAAUGAGCUUAUUUUGUGAUUAUGUGAUCUUUGUAAGAUCAUCUAGUAAGUAUUUAGUUAUGUAAGAGAAUUUGUUUGCAUCUUGCCAUCCCACUGUCCCUAUACUGUAUCUUCAAUAACAUUCAGUACUGUACUUAUGUAGUCACUUCUGAAACACCACAAUUGAAGUAGUCUGUUAAGGGUACCAGAUUUUCUUGAAUGUGAAAUUCAACUGUAGUUUUAAAGGCUUUGUCAUUUUACUGCCUGUCUUUACACAAAUACUAUAGUUAAAUUAGAGACAAAUGCCAAACGGUUCCUAACAAUCAAUAUUAAUAUCUGUAUCCACUGCCAACUGACCACAAUUCAUUAUUAUUUAUACAGUAUAUUCAUUGCGCGUAGUAUAGUAUGUAUGAGUAGUUCAUUCUUGCAUGUGACAUGUUUUGUAUCUUGUGUACAUUAGAUUUUAUACAAUACUUUAUUUAUGUCAAUGAUCAUGUGAGUUUUGUUUUGUGUGGCUGUAAUGUGUAACACGUUGUGUGGUUAGUAUGAAAAUCAGUCUUUACUUGCCGAUUAAAAUAUACAGAACACAUUCAAGUA